UCCUGGUGAGGGAGCCGGGGGGGAGGGGUUUGAGUGCGGACAGGAAGAUGGCGCUGUCCUGGGAUGUGGAGGCCAGGAAUGGACUCCAGGAAUUCUUCACGCAUGAGAUGUACACUCGCUACUCCAUGGCCCCAACUCUCAGUGAGUUAUGGGCUUUAGUUAGCAGGCAAAGAGAGGAAGGUGCUAAGUCUCCCAGCCCACCAGAAACGCAGCAGACUCCCAAACCGAACACCCAACCUGAGCCCUCGACUCCAGCCAAUCAGCCCACCAAAGCUUCGGAGAUAUCGUUUCCACUGCCUGAACCCAGGGUGCCCUAUCCCCGGUUCUCCUCCCUCUGUGAGAAGGACCAACGAAGCUAUGUGCAGUUAAUGGAAAAAUAUAAGAAUGUGCAAAGGACUGGGCGGAUAUCGAGAAAAAUGAUGACACAUCUGGCACAGUAUUCUGAGCUGAAGAAUAUUGUAUGGAAGGAACUGCCAGACUUUAUGAAAUAUCUGCAGAAUGUGGCGAGAAUAUGCGCUGACGAUUACAAUAUCAUCUGUCCUGAUGCUCUCCGUUACUCUGAGGAGAUUGUCAUUGCACAGAACGAAUGUGUGAAAAAAUAUCCUGAACUUUACACCGUCUCCGAAAUGAUCAGCAUCAUGGGAGGGAAAUUCAUCCCAGAUCUGGCUCUUCAACUGGAAAAGAAGCUGUUGUGCCUGCUCUUCCAAGGAGGUACGACGGUGAAAGUUGUCUUCAUUGACUCGCCGCUUGCAAAGAAAACCCUCACUGUGAGAGAGAAGAACCAACUGUUUUAUGAAGCUCCUCUGGAUCUGUUGAUGACUAAAAAAUAUUUUGUAGCUGUGUCAAGCAUGACGUUGGACAAACCUGAAAGACAUGACAUCUUUGAGGAAAAGGACCUUCCUUCCCGAGACCAGAGAAACAUCAGCACGUGUGAAAGCAAAGACUUUGAUCUUGCCGCUGACUUCAGUGAACUGGAGACGUUUGCAUCGAUCGUUUCAAGUGUAGCAACCACAAAAUGUGCAGACAUGGGUAAACGUGCCUCGAUGACCUGUGCUCCUCGGUGUUCUCCAGGGGGCAGUAAGAAGGAGGCGAGCGUUGGGAAGUCGGAUCCCCUGGAGAUAACCAAGAAGAUAAUGCAGCAGAAGCGACUUGACUUCAGGAUGUCCACCGCCAGCUGUGACAGAGACUCGACCACGGAUGAGAUGACUGACUGUGAGGAGAGGUGCAAAUCGGACCAGCAAAAGAACCAAAUGAAAUUGGACCCUAUGAAAGAGAAGAAAAGUGAAGGAGGCACAUUACCAGGCACAGAUUCCGAUGAAGUGGCCUUCACUAAGGGACAGGCAUCUGAAAAGGAUAACAGCCUCGUUGACAGCGAUUCUGACUGCGAGCGACUGAUCAUUGACACAGAUUUUACGGAAAGCCACAUGAAAACUGUUCAAACUGACCCAAAAUCCGUCCCGGAGAAACCGGACUGUCAGAGUCCCAAAGAUGUCAUUCCAGACACCCCUCGAUCACCAUCUCCUGAACCAGUCAGUAGCCAAGUGCAGAAAGCCACCACCCCAAGGUGGAAAAGGAAGGCAUCUAAACCCCUCUCUAAGGAGCUCGACCCCGUUGGGCAGAUUAUGAAGAUGCAGUGUGAACUGUUAAAGCCAAGUCCCAAACGUCAAGUGGAUCAACCACCAGUAACCCAAGAACCAAGCCCAGCUCCCGGCCCAAUGCCACCUGAUAGAAAUCCUACAGUCUUGAAGAAUUCCACAACAGUUGGGAAUGUCACUGGCUCCUGGUACAUGACAGCCCAGAAUGCACGGCCACAUCUCCUAUCGGAGGAACUCCUGAACUGCAAUGAAAAUGAGUCGGAUUACACAGCUCCACCAACUGGGAACGUCACCUACAAACUCUUCAGGUUGUCCGAUAUCCUCUUACUCGUCCGUGGUCACAUUCACAAAACGCAAAUCAGACCUCGAUCAAACAAAGGGGUGAUGAAGAAGAGCAGCUUCAAUGAAAACACAGAGGGAAGUAAUUGCAGUCUACAGUAUGCCGUUGGAGAGAUGAGUGGAACGGACUGCCAUGCGUUGUACUCCAGAGCAAACACUUUCAUUGAAGAAGUUCUAGACAUCGCAAAAAGUUUCCCUGUCAUGGCAGAGCUGUAUAUUGAACCCACAAUGGUAGUGCUCAGCAAAGCUACUGUCUUGCCCAUCAUGGGCAAAACAGCUGGUGCUGAUCUGUGCCACCUGAACUCCCCACAUCACUUGGUAGUACGGGGUCAGCAGCUUGGCUUUCUGGAGUAUGCCCGUUCCAUCAGCGUACACCCAUUGCCAAGCACUGGCUCAGCCAUGUCCAUUGGGCAUACUGCUAUCAACCGUCCAGUAACCCCGAAACACGUCCCAAUUUAUUUGUUUCCUAAACUGGAAUAUCAGCUGGCGUACGGAAUUGAAACCUUCACUGACAGUGAAAUAUGCCGGUUAUGGACUGAGAGUCUGCUCAAUUCAAAUACCUGGUUUUAUGUUGGUCAUAUUGAUGUCUUCACAUCAAAGUUGAUUUUAAUUGACCAGUUUCCAGCAAUCUCCGUGGCAGAAAAACUUGGAUCCUUCAACCCUUUAAAUUCAUUAAAUAUCCUGCACCAUGUACUGAAAAAAGUUUCAAGUUUACCAGAAGGCAAAUACCUGUUGAGUCACUCCUCGGGAGACUCGUCCAUAACCAUCUAUCGUGGCUCUCAAGGAGGGAAGUACACCAGAGCAGCCUACAACCUCCAUGCUGCCCACAGUACGCUCCCUCCACCUCCAUCGACUCUCUCGGUGCCCUGGGUACCUCUGGAUCCCAAUAUGUUACUGCCUUACCACAUCCACCAUGGCAGAGCUCCCUGUACCUUCCCUCCCAAGCCCUCCGAGGAGCUUCAAAACCUGCAGAUGGGUGUGGUCAAAGCAAACAGAGGCAUUCCUGCUCGAAAUAAGACGGUUACUAUGGAAACAAGGAGUCAUCGCCCACCAGCCCAACACACUGGAACCGAAGGGGUGGUGCCGAAGAAGAAGAAGAAUAAAGGGAAGAGAGCGAAUCGGAAACUGUGGUGGAAAGAAAAGAAACUGAAGAAGGCACAGGGCGUGAAGGCGCAGUGAGACCGGGGAACGUGAGGCGGUGCCAGGGCUAUCUGUUGAUCAUGUGGGAUUCUCACUGAGGGAGGGCAGCCCUCAGCCUUUCCUCUUCCUCAAUCCUGGUCAGCCUUUUCCUGGACAAACCAGGGAGAGACCUGAAGGAAUUGUCAGAGGGCCAACCUUUGAACAGCAGUGCACACUUCGGCACACUUAUUUCUCCUUAUCCCUUGCAAGGACCACGCACUGAACUGGGAGCGUAGCCUGGCUCUGGUAAGCGAUCGUAAGGAGCACAGAUUGGCUUCUGCUUUUUCCGAGUUAAAAAUGAGGUCACUCUCCAAGUUCAACUGUUUCUUUUUUUAAAAUGAGAUUCAGUAUUCACUGUCACAGACUAUAGCCUGCAUGAAGAUGAUUUUCUUCGCAAUGUGGUUACAGUGAACAAAAGUUUGGGGAGUGACUCAUUCAAUGACCAGCCGUUAAGGGUGCAGCCUCUCAACUCAUUUCAGAAACAAAAAGCCUCAUUCAAGUCAGUACAUAGCCUGACAUGUAAGUUACACAUAGUACGUCAACACUGUAAAUCACAGGCUUCUCAGCUUGUUUUUAACACAUUUUUCUUGUUAUACUUCUACAUUUCUGUUAAUAUACAUUUUUUUUUAAUAAAAGCCGUCAGUACAG